AUGGAUGAGCGAGCGAAAGGUGCCGUAUUCAUGUGUCGUGUGUGUAACCUGUUCUCCCCCAGUCGCUCUCAGCUGGAGACCCACUGCUCCGAGCUUCACCAGCAGCCGGAGAAUGAAGACUUUAUCAUCGCUUUGCAGCCUCUGGAACCAGGGGAACCACAGCAGCCAGGGCCUGAAGACAAGAUCAACGAGUCCAAACGACGGCGUGGACGGCCCAAAGGUUCCACCAAUAAGAGACACAAACCAGAUGCGGCGAGUGUCACACAUAUGGAAGCUGGAGAGAGGAGAGCAGAGCGAGAUGUGGAGGAGGAGACGCUGGAUUGUAAAGAAUGUCGCCGCACGUUCAGAAACCGACGUCAGAUCCUCAAACACAUCUGUCUGAAGAUGGAAGACGACGAGGACGGCGACGGAGACGGAGGCCCGUUCAGAGCCUCCAAAACCGCCCACAGAGGAGGCGGUCCGCAAACAGACAAAACAUCCACAACGGCCAAUAAGAAGUCUGUGAUCAAAGUGCUGCUGACGGAGGACGGGAACUGGUCGGAUGUGAGUAAACUGGUCCCAGUGGAGGAGGACAGUCCCACAGAAGGAGAGACUGCAGAUGCACAGGAGUCACCACAGAGUCCACCACAAGAGAAAUCCACCUGUGAAGUUUGCCCUGAUCCUGGAGCCGUUCUGACCGGUAGAAAAGCAGCAGAGGUCGGCAAAGGCAUUCUGGAAUAUUCCAUCCAACAGCGGGAUGCCAGUUCUCUUCAGAAUCAGCUGAAGGUCUUCACCUGUGAGUUCUGCAAUAAGAUAUUCAAGUUCAGACAUUCUCUGGUGGCGCACUUACGAACACACACACAGGAGAAGCCGUUCAAGUGUCCCCACUGCAACUACGCCUCGGCCAUAAAGGCAAACCUCAAUGUCCACAUCAGGAAACACACUGGAGACCGGUUCCAAUGCGAGCACUGCUCUUUCAACUGCAUCAGCUCCGGACACCUCAAGGUCCAUGUGGAGCGCGUUCAUAUGAAAGUGAAGCAGCACUGUGGUUUCUGUAAGGCCAAAUACUCAGAUGUGAAGAGCCUCCUCAAACACAUGGAGAGGAAGCACGACCUGAAGGACCCAGCUGUGGAGAAGGUCUACCAGCUGCUCAGGUUGAGGACGCGUCAGGGCUUCCGGCAGCUCCUGUUCCAUUGCCUCACUUGUAAGAGAUGUUUCAAAAGCCGCCAGGAGCGAGACCGCCACCUGCUGGUCCACGUGCCGCAGCCUCCGUUCGGCUGUCUGCUCUGUGACUUUGCCGCCUCCAAACUGAGCGGCCUGAGUGCGCACGUCCGCAAGCACUUCUUCCUCUACUUAUGCAGCACAUGUCGAGGCGUCUUUGUGAGCUGCCACCGCCUUAAAGCCCACCUUGCGCAGUCUCAUCCAGAACUGGACCUCGAUCAAGCCUUCUCCCAGAGCGUGGACUGCAGCUUCCAACUCAUCCAGCCCGGAGGAGGCAUCUGGGGCAACCAGCCGAGGAGCCAAGAGGAUGUCGUGACCGAAGGAAGUUUAGCAAACAUUCAAGACGGAAGAUCUGCUUCUGAUCUAGAGAAAUUCCAUGAGAUUGUGAGCGAAGGGAGAAUGGAAAACCUUCAAGAGGAAAGAUCCAUCAGCGGUCUCUCCUCCAUCCUUGAAGAAAGAUUGGAAUCUGGUCGAGAGAAAGCUGAGGAGAUUGUGAGCCAAGGAAACAUGACCAAAGAAAGCAUAGCAAGCAUUGAAGAAGGAAGUUCUGCAGAUGAUCUAGAGAGAGGCAAUCAAAAGAAGAGACGAGAUGAGAUGGAGGAAAACCAAUAUGAAAAAACAAAAGACGAGAGAUCCAUUGGUGAACUAGGAUCCAUCCAAGAAGUAAGAUUGGAUUCUGAUCUAGAGAAAGACAAUGAGAAGACAAGACAGGGCAUGGACAACCUUCAAGAGAAAACUUCCAUCAAUCAACUGGAAACUGCGAGAGAAAAGAUCCCACUAUCUGAUCAAGAGAAAGCAAAUCAGAAGAGGAGACGAGAUGAGAUUGAGACCAAAGGGAACACGGAAAACCUUCAUCAAGAAAGCUUGAUAGGUGAACAAGAAACCGUCCUAGAAAACAGAACGCAGAAUGAUGAAGAGAAAGCCAAUCAGAAGGCAAGGCGGGAUGAAAUUGUACACAAAGGGAACAUUGCAAAAAUCCAGAAAGCAAGCGACAUAAUAGAAAAAGUUCGAGAUCUGGAAAUGGUUUUAAAGACUUCGUCACAUCGAGGCCAAAUUGAGCCAACGGGACAAAAUGUGAUCAUGAGCGAAGGGAAGAUUGAAUCUAUCCAAGAAGAAGGGUACGCAAAGGACCAAAAGACAUUCAAGAAACAAGAUGUGAUUGCGUAUGAAGGCAAUGAGGAAAAUCUUAAAGACGAAAGAUCCAGGAAUGAUUCAGUGAAUGUGAAGGUCAUGAGGGAGGGUAACAUGGCAAAAGUCCAACAAGAUAUGGCCGUGAAUGAAGAAGUGACUUUCAAAGAGCCAGAAAACCAAGAGAACGUCAAAGAUCAACGAGAUAUGAGCAAACGAGAGAUGGACCACAUUCCAGAUCCCGCAAAGGUAUUGGAGACAAAUACUAAGGCUUCGUCUAUAAUUUAUAAAGUCAAUGAAAGGACAAGACAAGAUGAGAUUGCGAACAAAAGCAACAUAGGAAGACCCCAUGAUGACAGAUCUGCACAUGAGAUAGAAGAUGGUAGCAUUCAACUAGAGACGAAAGAAAUUGGAAUCGUGAGCGAAGGGAACAUGGCCGACGUUCAAGAGGAAAGGGCCAUAAUUGAUCUAGAGGGGGUCAAACCAACACGCAUGAACUUGUCUGUGUGUGACCAAAGCAAAACAGAAAACCUGCCAGAAGAGCUUCCAGGCACAGACGAGACACAAGAAAGUCAAGUCUCAAAGGAACCGAACACACAGAUCUUCUCACCGGGCAAGGACAAAACCCAGCAGCCUAACACGGAAUCUGAGGUCUCUGUGGAAAACGCCUUUCUCCAAGUCCUCGCCUCCAUCCAGAAAACACAGCUCAGCAUCGAGACUUUGCACCAGCUGCGGAAAGUGUACGGGGAGCUGGAGUGUGAGUUCUGUGGGAAACUGUUUGUUUACAAAGUGCAUUUUAAUAACCACGUCCGCACGCACACCAAGGAGCACCUGCAGUACUGCUCCCAGUGCGAUUACUCGGCCAUCACCAAAAGCUCUCUGACCCGACACCUGCUGCACAAACAUGGAGACCUGCUGCUGCCCUGUCCCACUGCGGAUUGCGGCUUCACCACUCCAGACAAGUACAAGCUGCAGAUGCACGUCAGGAGGUUCCACGAGGAGACAAAAACAGUGCCGUGUCCAGUUUGUCACACCAUCUACCCGGAGCAUCGGCUCAAGCAGCACAUCCGGAAGCUCCAUCCUGGCACCGUCCCACUGGAGGGAAAGGAGCGCAUGGAGAAGCAGCCUGAUAAGUGCCCCUACUGCGACAUCUACUUCCUGAAGAACAGCAAAGACCUGCAGCAGCACAUCUGGGCUCACGAAGGUGUGAAGCCGUACGCGUGCCACAUGUGCGACUACGCGGGCGUCAGGAAGAGCAACCUGCGUCUGCACAUGAACCGACACCAGAGCGAGAAGACGCAUCUGUGCGACCUGUGUGGGAAAAAGUUCAAGUCUGAGGUUUCUCUGAAGACACACAGCAGAGGACACUCCACUGAAGGUAAACAGUUCAAAUGCUCGGAGUGCGACUUUUCUGCGGCUUUGAAACCGUCGCUCACUCGACACAUGGAGCAGCACGCCAGAGGGCGCCAGGCGUUCCAGUGCACGCUCUGCUUCUACUCCUGCAGCAGCGUGGGGCCUCUCAAACGGCACUUCAAGAAAACGCACCCAGACGAGAAGUUCCCCAACUCCAAAGAGACGGCUGCAGAGGAGACGCAGACACUGGAGGACACGGGUUUGAAAUGCCCGGUGUGCGACUCUGUCCACGGAAACAAGAGGGAUCUGAACCGCCACCUGAAGUCGGAGCACCGGCUGAACCUGCUGCAGAUCUCAUUCGAGGAGACUGAGGCGGUGGAGACCCAGUUUGUGCCGGUGGAGGAGCAGAUGCAGCUCACCGAAACCCUCCAGGACAGCGAAGCUGUGAAGAUCCUGCAGCAGAUCACAGAGUUGAACUCCGACCUCCACCACGCCGUCACUCCCAUGGUUGCCAUGGCUCCGGGCGCCGUCACCGUCAUGGAGCAGAUGGCGGAGGAGCAGGAGAUGGUGGUGGUGGAGGAGGCCGAGGAGCAGGUGGUGGUGGUGCAGGAGGCGGAGGAGCAGGUGGUGGUGGUGCAGGAGGCGGAGGGCUUGGAGGCUCUGACGGUGCUCACACAGGGAGACAGCACACACCACUACAUCGUCUACGUUCAGGAGCAGACCGUGGAGAUAGAAAACAACUGA